AUGAUGUAUUCUGGGAGAAUUCUCAAGAAUAGUUACUACUUACCUUUUAAGUCCAAAUGCUUGAGCAGUCUGAAUAGCCAACUACCCGAGAAGAAAUACCAUUUGCACUACUUUUUGUUAGGUACAAGUAACCCCUUUGCCGACAAUGAAAUUCAUUUGAUUGAGUAUAAUGAUCAAUCCUGUACUGUCCGGAAUGUCGAGAUCUUUGACCAUAAGGAGGAGGUCAAGCACUUGGUUUGCUUAGAUAUGUGUGAAAAGGGGGAUGGAAAGGGAAAAGAGAUUCUUAUGUGUACGUCUUCGGUUGUUUCUGCGGAUGUUGGGAGUACUAGCCAGGUUCGUGUUGACGCGAGGGGAUUGGAAUGUAGAUGUUUUCUUCAUAGGGGCAGACUUGACAACUUCGAUGAGGAAGAGGUCGUUGCAGGAGGGGAGACAGACACGACCGUGGCACAGGAGGGAGAGGGGAACCAAGGGAGUGGAAAUUUGGACGAUCUAGAGGGGGAAGAAGGAAGUAAGGAUGGGGAGGAAAACAGACCGGUAAAGACUAUGGUGAAUGAAUUGACGAACGACAAAGGGGCAAAACAGAAGUCGCUGGACGGGGGGAAAAGAAAAGCAGCGCUGGACAAACUGUGCGAACUGAGAGGCGACCAGCCAUAUGCUGGCAUCAAACACAUCGCGGUGGAUGAUCAUGAGGGUGAGUUUCGUAGAAUUGCAGUUAUAGAUAAGUACCGUUACGACAUAUUCGGGAGGAGCCAAAACGACAUGGAUUUUGUUUCCUCCAAAAACAUGGAUCGGCAGUUGAAUUACGGCUUCUUCGACCCGCAUCACGAAAACAUAUUAACCGUUAUUAGUGAUACGAGUGUGUACGGAUACGACAUCAAAAAUGACGUGGAAAUAUUUUCCACCUUUGCAAACCAUAAGUCUGAUUUAUCAUCCCUCGACUUCAAUCCCAACAUUCCAAAUGUCAUUGUAACUUCAUCAAAUGAUGGCUACGUAAAAUUUUGGGACUUGCGAUUUCUGACUGAUGCAUUUCUUACAGUUAAUAUUCAUUCGCAUUGGGUUACCUCCAUCCACUUUAACAAUUUUCAUGAUGAGUUGUUGCUAAGCACUAGCUCAGACAAUACGGUGAAGCUGCACAGAAUUGACUAUCCGGCUAACUUAAAUUUGAAGAAGAAGGAAACCAACUAUCAGUUAAUAAAAACCUACUCGGAUCACGAGGAGUCUGUUUAUCAGGGCAGGUGGAGCAAAACGGACGCGUGGGUGUUUGCGUCUCUCUCGUACGAUGGCAAAUGUGUGGUGAAUAGUGUGCCCACCGAAGAGAAGUAUAGGAUUCUCCUCUAA